UGAUUUUCUCAAGGCCACUAUUCAUUCCAGCAGACAAGUGCACUUGAAGAAAAGUGCUGAGUAGUUGCUAGCGCAAUCAAUCGUCAGAUACUGUGGGAUAAGAUAAGCUGCUAAACUUUGCUUGUAAGCCAUCAGUGCACAGGAGGAUCAUGCUUAGGUGGGUUUGAGGAGAAGAGCAAUUCUGUUCCGGACAACCUGCAGAGAAGCCCCAGCGAGGGAAGAAGGGAAAUUGGAGAGUGGAACAAAGCCGGGGUCUCUCCUGCUGUGAGCUGGAAUAGCCUAGGAUCUUGAGGGAUCGCUGGAGUGAUUUUUUGGUUUUCCAAGCAGGUUUUCCCACACUGUCGAUAUACUGGUAGACUGGAUAAACAGCAUGCUGUGGACAGUGGGGUUGUGCCUCCUGCUAGGCUCCUCCGGGAUGAGCCAUCCUCUGAGCAGUCGUGGGGGCAACUCUGGACGAAACAAACUAUUGCUCAUCUCGUUUGACGGUUUUCGAUGGGACUACGACCGUGAUGUGGACACACCGAACCUGGAUGCCAUGGCGAGAGAUGGCGUCAAAGCCACAUAUGUAACCCCAGCUUUUUUAACCAUCACCAACCCCACACACUUCACCAUAAUUACAGGGCGCUACAUUGAGAACCAUGGGGUUAUUCACAACAUGUGGUUUAACACCACCACCUUAGAAAAGAAGUCAUACUGGCAGACGCAGUUUGUGAAUGAGUGGUGGGACAAUGGCUCCCUGCCCAUCUGGAUCACUGCCCAGAGACAGGGUUUGAAGGCCGGCUCUCUCCACUUCCCCGGCACAGCCUCCCUCUACCAGGGAGAGAAGGUGGGAGUGGGCGAAGUGGAGCCAGCCGUCUACGACUACUCUAAUGAGACUGUCUGGCGUGGAAAUGUGGACAAAGUCAUGGGCUCCUGGUUCCGUGACCAGGACCUGGAUUUCGUGGCCAUGUACUUUGGCGAGCCAGACGGCGCUGGCCACAAGUUCGGGCCCGACUCUCCCCAGCGGAAGGAGAUGGUGAAGCAGGUGGACCGCACUGUGGGCUACCUGCGCGCCUCGGCCGAGAGGCACGGCAUAGGCGAGCGGCUGAACAUCAUCAUCACCGCCGACCACGGCAUGUCUACCGUGUAUCGCAAAAAUGUCAACGAGAUCGUCCUGCGCAAAAUUCCUAACUUCUCUUUCAGUGAUCUAGCUUUCCACAUCGUGGACUACGGGCCCACGGGAAUGCUACUUCCCAAGGAGGGGCGGCUGGACAAGGUGUACAAUGCCCUGAAGGGGGCGCACCCACACCUGAACGUCUACAAGAAGGAGGAGAUGCCGAGCCGCCUACACUUUUCCAAAAGCGAACGCAUUUUACCCAUCGUCCUCUGGGCUGACCCUGGAUAUCUCAUUAAUGGGUACUUUCCGGUGCAGUGGAACAAGGGCGAGCACGGUUUUGACAAUAGAGGUCUGGACAUGAAACCCUUCUUCCGGGCAGUAGGGCCAAGUUUCCAGAAGAACCUGGAGGUCAGUCCCUUCGAGACAGUGAACAUCUAUCCACUGAUGUGCCACUUAUUGGGCAUCACACCUGAGCCCAACGAUGGACAACUGAACUACACCCGUCAAAUGCUAGUACCACCAACAGAAGGUCUCAUUAGACCCAGGAUCUUCAUCGGCCUGGGGGCUGUUGGCGGAUUUCUGAUUCUGGUCUUUUUUGUUUUUAUGAUUCAUAAUGUUCUAAAAAGACAGAAAACACAGGAAAGGAGUGAGACUGCAGAACACGAAGAGGAUAGCACAAAUAUAAAACAAACAUCAAUGUGAAGACUACGGAUUUUUUUCUUGGCUGACUGACACUAAACCCAACCCUAGGAAACACAGAGAAUCAUUGAGAUGUCUAUGAAUGUCACAUAUAAAGAUAUUUUGCCCUACAUUUUAGAUUUAAAAUCUAAAACAUUUAGAAUCCUGUGAAGGAAGGAUGAACUGAAUCAUAAAUCUCAAAUUGAAUUACAUGCAGUAAGCUGAAAGAAAAUACAAAGUAUUUAAAUAUUGGACAAUAAUGGACAAACUGAUAUGAUGAACAGGGUGUUGAGAGGAGCUGGGCAUUGUGGCAGGUCAACCCUACGCUAUCACAAUUUAUAUUUAUUGAGGUUUUAUUUUAUGAUUUGCAGGCCUUCAAACAGGCCUUCUGGAAUGUCCAUGAGUAGCCAUGUAUCUGAACCAUUCUCUUCACUUAAUGAAAUAUAUGACAUCGGCAGUGAAUACUUUUUACAAACCAUUAACUGUUUUACUAAAUAGUUUUCAAUUUGGACAUACACUCCAUUUUUGUGUUGAGUAUUAUGUAUGAUUUUCUAAAAUAAAUAUAUUUCAACUGA